AUGAAACAGGAGACAGAGACACCAUGGCCGGAGAUUUUUCAAGAGCGAGAGAAACCUCUCACCAUUGAAAUCAGCAAUCUGCUUCCAUUGAUUGGGCCAAAUCAAGUUUUUGAUGAACACAAAAUAAAACUUGUUUCUCCUCAUGAAGGAAGUCAAUCUCAGCCAGGAAUGGAGACUGCAUGUGAACUCGUUCGUGCACUCUUGGAUCAAGUUUCUUGGAAUGAUUCCCCUCCGACCAACGAAGAAUGGAAUACAGCGAAACGGACCCCGAAACUGGAAGACCACUUCUCUCCCCAAUGUCAUGUUCAGAAGCUACCACCAUCACCAAUAGCGACAUCGAGUAUGUCAACAAGCACUGAUAUGUCACCAGCAAAUCUUUGGAAGGCACAAUAUAAUCAACGGUGCAAAAUUUCGGAGCAAAAGAUGGGAAACGUGGCUCUCGCUGCUCUGUAUGCAAGAACUCUAGAAAUGGUUGGAAAGCCAAGCUUGCCGUCCAAGGAAGCUAAUGGUAUCCCGCUAACUCCUUCAUCUGCGUCAAAAUCGAACAAAUCGUUGAAGCAGAAAAAGAAAUCUCCUAAAUGGAAAAGUCUUGGAAGAAAGAGAACCCAGCCAACACAGAAAUCACCAACAAACGAAGCAGUAUUUUUCAAACACACGGAAGCGGAAGGUCGUGAUGAAGUCAGCAUCGCCUUCUCAUCAUUCAAUCACGAACGAGAAAGCAGUGAACGCGACGGUAAUGGACAAGAAGAGAAAGAAGUACAGCUUCAAAUGUAUGGUUCCGAGUACGCAAGGCAUCUUUCUACAACUGCAUUGGCACCCGUUGAUGCAAAGUCACGAAAAGCACUAAUGCAAUCAGUGCUGAAACAAGCAGAGGGCAUUCCGAAAAUCGAAGGCGCCAGUCAUGCCAUAAUGACUGGCGCAGUCACUGAUAUCGUUAUCACUCAUGGCAAUGAGAAGCCCCCAAAUGGAUUCUAUCGCAUUUCUCAAUCGGCUGGAGGCACAGAGUUUUGUUUUCACGACAAGAAGACACCUGUAUACAUCAACAUUAAGAAAGAACCUAACUGGGAUCGAGCGGCACAGCGGCCAUGUGUUACCGCGGUGACACUUGUUUUCCCAGAGCGACAAGAGUUUGUACCUCCUGGCUACAGCAUUGUACGACGAUACUCCCCAGAAGAAAAGGCUAAAGGCGAAGAAGCUGAUGCUUCUCCUAACUUGAACAAGGGAGGCGAGCCUGUCUUUCUUUGUUAUCGUAGAUCGAGAGAGGGUAAUCCGAUCACUGGUUUGAUUCCUAUGCAGCCAAAAGAAGGAGAGCACAUUCCACAGGGCUACACCGUUUUGGAACGAACGCCAAGAGAUUUCGUGGCAGGGAUUCAAACUCCGUCAUCUGAAGUCUUCUUGGCGUACCGACAGCGACUAUGCAAUUUGGAACUACUUCGACCGCUUCCCCUUGUCCUUUCAAUGCACAGCACGGUCCUGAAAACACGAAGGCUAAAUUCCUACUACUGCACCGGAGGCACAGUUGUUGAAAGCCGUGUUGGCAACUUUCACAUCAUGGACAGGUCAACACACUCUCUAUUGAGUCCCAAGUCUGUUGGCAAUCGGCUAUCUAUGAUCGAAGCAUCUCGCAAGAAAACGUUGAACUCAUUGUCCGAGGUCCCCAGUAGUCUUGAUAACACUUAUCAAUACUCUGGUGGGACCCCAAAGCGCCAACAGAACACCCAGGAAGUUGUCACUUCCUCAUUACUUAUUGCGGGGGGACUUGGUACACCUGGAAGUAUGUCGAUGAUGUCAGAUCUGGAAAAGCUUUCACAAAGUGGUGAGAGGGAAUCUUUCUCUUCCUUCUUCAACAGUCCCAAGGCUUCGCAGGGUGAAUCGAAUCCUACGGCAAUUGAUCCGAACCUCUCGUUUUGGUCGGCAGCCGAAGAAAGUUCGCAUUCAAUGGGGUCUGUAGCGCAGUCACUUCACAGCGCCACAUCACAAGACAAAACUCUGAAACGAAGCCUGGAAGCCAUGAGCUUUAUUCCAAUCGUAUCAAGUGGAGAAGCUGACACGGAUCCUAGAUCACUUCUUAAGUUUCAAGCUCGAGCUGCUGUACUGCUACCAAUUCUCACAGCAUGCUACACUCGUCAUGGAGGGUCAGCCUACUUGGCCCUUGAAGGACUUACUACACUCCUUGAGGAAGGUUUCUUCUCGAAUGACGUUAAGGUUUCGCGGGAGUCUUCCAAUCGCAUCACACCGUUGGAUAUCACCAUUCAAGUUAUCUGCGAUGUAGCAAUGAUGGGCACCCAACAAACCCACAUGCAACCAUGCGUUGACUUUGUUUCAAUGGCUGUGAAGAAUGGAAGUGGGCAUCUUAACACCCGAACAGUUGGAUACGUUAUGAGAUUCUAUACUUUUGUCUUCCACUUUGGUGUCAGUGUUCCUUCUGGAAAUUGGGGACUAUCAGCAAAACCCGACCGACCGCUUCUAGAAGAUCCGCGAACACAAAUGGCUACGUAUCUUCCCGGUGGAUCCCCGCAUGCUGCAGCUCUUUCGAUGAAGGAGCUGAUUUUGUUGUCGAUUUCAAGACUGCGCUCGCUCACCAUGUCGGACAGCGCAUCCAAGAAGGCUCUACCGAAUUUUCCUUUCACAGAUCAUAUUCUUGAUUUCAACUCAUUCAUCGGAAGCCUGGUUGACGACGCAGUUGAUAAAUCUGUUUACAGGGUUGAUACUGCAAACUACACCCAACUCGCUUUGCACCAAAUUUACCGAGCUGGUGGCAGCGAACUAUUCUGGCAUGAUAUGAUGAAUACUUGCGGAAAAGGUCUUUUUGGCAAUGACAAGCCUUUAGGCGAAGAAACACGGCAUAUGUAUUCCAUCUGUUUUGCACUCUUGACGAAUUGUGUUAAAGUCGCAUCGGCACCUAUUCGAAGAGGGGGAAAUGGCAAUGGAGCGCCUCGUGACAUCGCAAGCAAACUCAUGAGCUUGGAAAUUCUUGAAUUCUUCUUGCAACAGUGGGAUGCAGCGAGAGAUUCUCUUUUUGUUGACAAGUCUGCAUCUUUUGGAACCUUUGUCUAUUGUGUCCGGCGACUGGUAGUACCGUGCAUACUAUCAAAUACAACGGAAUCUCUUCGUGAUCCCAGAAUAUUCAAGCGCACCCUGAAAGCCCUUGGAACAUUGCUCUGCUCCAGCACGUAUCGAAGUCAGAUGAAACUUGAAAUUGGUAUCCUUUUUGAGCACUUCGUUCUCAGAAUUCUUCGAAUAGGGCCACAAAUUCUUAUGAAGAAAUCAGACGGGACGCCCUACCUCUUUGCACAACAGCUGGAACUGAUCCUGCAGAUAAAAGGAUGGAUAUCAUCAUCUCCAGAGAUCAUCCUCGAGGUCUUCCUUAAUUUCGAUGAUGUCGACCAUUCAAAGAUUUUCGAUUUCGAAGACAAAAUGCUUGAUGGAGUGCAAUGGAACUUGAGCCAUCAGCUUUGUGGAUAUCUCUGCGACAUUGCCGAAGCGUGUACAGAUUUUCUCCAACACCAAACUCUUGUGUGUCAGGAUAUGACUGCCGCUACCAACAAGCCCUCAAACGACACGGUGAAGGGACUCAGUGGAAUCACUGUUGCCCGAGAGAGUGCGGAAAAGCUACGGAGUAGCUCAAUAGUUUGCUUGACAGAAAUAUCUCGAUGCCUAGCAACAUAUGCUGCUUCGUCACGAGGACAUCGAUUUCAGAAUCUUGUGGACUCUUGGAUGGUUCCCGAUGACGAGUCCGAUAUGUCCAUUUCGACUGAGGCAGAAUUGUCAAGUGAAGCUGAAAUUCUUUCGCACGCUUCGAGCGAUGUGCAAAUUAGAUCUCAUUUUGAAUACGAGGAUGGCGAUUCUGGGACUGAUGAAGAAAGCAGCAAUGAAACACCAAAACAUGAUGCAAACAAUAUAAUCGGAUAUUGGAAGAAGAAAGCAGAAAGUAGGAAGAAGGAGCCAGGGGGAAAAUUGGACUUGACUCGACUCAUGAAAAUGACUGUCGCCGCCGCAGCUGAUGGAAAUUAUGAGACAAAUUAUGUAGCAAAACAGACUACAGAAAGAACAGAGAAAACGGACCAUAUUCGUAUCGCGUUCGACAUCGCUGAGAAGAAAUCGUUGAAGAAGGGGAUUGACUACCUGAUUGCAUGCAAUGUCUUGACACCUUCGCCGAGAGAUAUUGCUUUAUUUUUAAGGAUCAACCGAUCCGACUUGGAUGCAUCCGAUCUUGGUAGUUACCUUGCUGAAGAAGGAUCCAGUCAGUCCGAAAUUGAGCACUGGAAGAUGAUUCGGUUUGCGUACGUGAGAGCAAUAUCUUUCGUCGGGAUGUCUAUUGAGCAAGGAUUGCGUCAUCUCUUGACAAAUGGUGGGUUCAAGUUGCCUGGGGAAGCCCAGAAAAUCGACAGAAUCAUUUCUGCGUUUGCAGAGUGUUAUUGGGAAGACAAUGCCGGAGACCGCCACCAUUGUCCCUUUCAGGACCAGGGAACAGUUUACAUUCUUUCAUUUGCAGUCAUUAUGCUGAACACGGAUUUGCACAAAUCAAGGUCGGUAAACGGAAGUUGUAUCCAACCUCCUGCACUAAAAAAGAUGUCCAAACCUGAAUUCAUAAGCAACCUUCGAGGAGUUCUGAAGGACGAAGAUAUGAAAACUAAGUACUUUCUAAAAAUCUAUGAUGCUAUAGCGUCGCGACCAAUCGUGAUGCGAGAGGUCCAUCGCGAUAAUGCUUCAUCACGAUAUUAUGAUGUCAGAGGUGGUCUCCAGGCGCUAUUGAAAAAUGAGAAAUCGGCAGAUGCUCUCUUGCGAGGUCUUGCCAUUCACGAAUAUCGAUUCAGUACACUGGAGGAUUACGCUCAUCAGUUAUACGAUGGGGCUUCAAAAAAUGCAGCCAGAGACUUGACGAGGAAUCUUCUCAUGAAGAUCUGGCAUUUCUUCCAUAGUCUUGUCAACACAGGCUUGGAUGUUGCUCAUCUGGACAGAAAGGGCAUGGAGCUCUCGAUUGAUUUGCUAAAGUAUAUGCUUUCCCUGACUGUGUGUCUUGAAUUGCCGAUUGAAAGGAAAGCCUUUCUGAGCCAACUUGGAAGGAUGCGGCGAUUGAAUAAAAUGAAAUCUUCUUCACCGUUUGGUCAAUUUGGGCAAUUUGACGAUUCAAACACUGAUGACCUAUACCACAAUGUCGAGAAUGGCAACAUUUCAAGCGAUAAAGGAAAACUCCAAUCACUUGGUCAAAUCAAUCAGCUCAUGCAGAGCUUGAGUUUCGACGACACUGGAACCGAAGAAACCAAAGCAAUGAAAUCGGCAGUUGGCCAACUCAAGAACGCAGCAUUUCUCCUUGCGGAUCCCAGUCGCACCUUUAUCCGGCACGAUGACUUGAUCAAGCAAGCAAAUACCACUGGUCGGCGUGUGGAAUACAGAUUCUUUCUGUUCUCGGAUAUGCUGAUCUAUGCCAAACAGAUAUCCAAAUCAGCCUUCUUCAAGGUCCAUGAAGAACUGCCGCUGGUGCAAAUGAAAGUAGUGGACUGGUUCCCCCCAGACGCCAAGAAUGGCCAGCGACGAUUCGACAUUUUCCACCCCCGCAAAAAGGUGGUUGUACUGUGUGCCAAUCGUGACGAGAAGCGAGUUUGUGUAGAUGCCAUUCGAACUGCGAUUGACAAGGAAGUCAAGCGAAAAGUCACAGUUGAACAAGCUCGAGUAGCCUCCAUGAAUGCCGAAUAA